AUGCCCCUCCUCCGCUCCCUCACAAACCCCCUCCGCACCUCCCUCGCUGCAAACUCUGCUAGGUCGUUCGUCAGGAUGUCUUCGUCUAUCCCCAUCCCCACCGACUUUAACGCCUGCCUCUACCAGCCUCUGGCUGAGGCCGACCCCGAGGUCCAGGCCAUCGUCGAGAAGGAGACCUGGCGUCAGUUCUCGGGUCUCGAGCUCAUUGCCUCGGAGAACCUCACCUCGCUCGCCGUCAUGGAAGCCAACGGCUCGAUCCUCACCAACAAGUACUCUGAGGGUCUCCCCGGUGCCCGCUACUACGGCGGUAACGAGUUCAUUGACCAGCUCGAGAACCUCACCCGUGCCCGUGCCCUCAAGGCCUUCAACCUUGACCCCGCCGUCUGGGGCGUCAACGUUCAGCCCUACUCGGGCUCGACUGCCAACUUUGCUGCUUUCACUGCCCUGAUCAACCCCCAGGACCGUGUCAUGGGUCUCGGCCUCCCCGACGGUGGCCACCUUACCCACGGCUACUACACCGCCAAGAAGAAGAUCACCGCCUCGUCGAUCUACUUCCAGUCGUUCCCUUACCGUGUUGACCCCACCACCGGCUACAUCGACUACGAGCAGCUCGCUACCAACGCCAACAUCUACAAGCCCCGCCUCAUCGUUUGCGGUGGCUCCGCCUACCCCCGUGACUGGGAGUACGCUCGCCUCCGCAAGAUUGCCGACGGCCAGGGUGCUUACCUCAUGUCCGACAUGGCCCACAUCUCGGGUCUCGUUGCCGCCGGUGAGCAGGCCUCGCCCUUCGAGUUCUGUGACGUUGUCACCACCACCACCCACAAGACUCUCCGUGGCCCCCGCGCCGGUCUCAUCUUCUUCCGCAAGGACAAGGAGGCCGACCUCGAGGCCCGUGUCAACGGUGCCGUCUUCCCCGCUUGCCAGGGUGGCCCCCACAACAACACCAUUGCCGGUAUCGCCGUUGCCCUCAAGCAGGCCGCCGACCCCGCCUGGAAGCUCUACGCCAAGCAGGUCCGCGCCAACGCCGCCGCUAUGGCCGCUGUCCUCUUCAAGCACGGCUACCGCCUCCAGACCGACGGCACUGAGAACCACCUCAUCCUCUGGGACCUCCGCCCCAUCGGCCUCACCGGCUCCAAGGUUGAGAAGAUCUGUGACGCCGUCCACAUCACCCUCAACAAGAACGCCGUUGCCGGUGACACCUCGGCCAUUGUUCCCGGUGGUGUCCGUAUCGGCACUUCGGCCCUCACUUCGCGUUCCAUGACCGAGAAGGACGUCGAGCAGGUUGCCGAGUUCCUCCACCGCGUCGUCCAGAUCUCCCUCACCACCCAGAAGGAGGCCGGCUCGAAGCUCCUCAAGGACUUCGUCAAGGCUUACGAGUCGGGUGAGGGUGAGGCCCCCAAGCUUAUCGCCGAGCUCAAGAAGGACGUCCUUGCCUUCAGCACUUCAUUCCCACUCGCGGGAGUUAGGGAGAGCGCCAACAUCAAGCGCUUUGACUAA